CACUCUCCUGGCUCCAUGGCUGCCGUCCGCGAGUGGUCCUGCACCCGCUGCACCUUUCUGAACCCCGUUGGCCAGCGGCAGUGCUCCAUCUGCGAAGCCCCCCGCCAGAAACCCGACCUCAAUCACAUCCUGCGGCUCAGUGUGGAGGAACAGAAAUGGGCUUGUGCCCGCUGCACCUUCAGGAACUUUCUGGGCAAGGAAACCUGUGAGGUUUGUGGCUUCACCCCAGAGCCAGGGCCCAGCGGCUCCCCCUUGCCCGUUAUCAACGGUAUCUUCUCCAAGGAGGAGGCUGCCAAGGCAGAAAGCAGCAGCGAGGACUCGGAGGGGAAGAGCCCUGACGAAGCAGAGCUGGAGAGCGGCUGGGCUUGCCAGCGCUGCACACUGCACAACACGCCUGUGGCCAACUCCUGCUCUGCCUGCGGUGGCCCACGCAAGCUCUCCCUGCCCAAGAUCCCACCAGAGGCACUGGUCGUCCCUGAAGUCAUCACCCCCGCCGGGUUUCACAUGGCCCCCUCUACCCCCCAGCCUUUAGUCUCUGCAGAGAUCUCUGAUGGUGAUGCCGUGGCUGCCCAGGGCCCAGUGGCUAUGGAGCAAGAGACCCAGAAGAUACCAGCCUUCAGUCCCUUCUCCCAAGGGCUCCAGAACAACCCUGUGCCCCGAAGCCGCCGGGAGGUGCCCCCCCAGCUGCAGAUGCCGGGCCCCGAAGCCUCCCAGCCCGCGGCUCAGAGCUCAGCGGGGCAGAAGGGCUCUCCGCAGGGUCAGGCCAGGGCUGCCCCGGCUGCCCGCUUCCAGGAGCUGCUGUCCAACAAGCGGCUGAGCGUGCUGGAGGAGGAGAUGGACGUCAGUCCGUCCCACUGGAAGUGCAGCUCCUGCUCCCUGCUUAACUCUGCCGGGGCUGCCAAAUGUGAGGCUUGCAACACCCAGAAAGGCAGUGACACCAUCAAUCUGGUGGGGGACUCGGUGAGAUUAAACCCGUGAAGCCCCUCCAGCACUGAUUUCACCACCUGGUCCUGUUCCAAGUGCACCCUCAAGAACCCCACCCUGGCCCAGAAGUGUAAAGUCUGUGGCUCCUCCAAGCUGCACGGCUUCCAGGAGCACGGGACACCGGGCGAGCCGUCCUCCCGCUGCCCCGACUGCGGGGCUUCUGACAAGGGCGGCUGCUCCUCCUGCAGCAGCAAAGCCCCGUCCGCCCGCAAGGUCGCUCGUCUCUUCCCGUCCCAGUUGCCCACCGGGCAGGAGAGGCCGGGCCAGUGGGCUUGUCCUGCUUGCACCUUGCUCAACGAGCUCAAGGCCAAGCACUGCGUGGCCUGCCAUACCCCGCAGCAGUACGUGGCCCAGCGCAAGGGCCUCAAGCCCCUGAAGAGAAGGGAGAGCAUGCACGUGGAGAAGAGGCGGCAGACGGAUGAGGGAGAGGCCAAAGCCCUGUGGGAAAACAUCGUGACCUUCUGCCGGGAGAACAAAGUCAAUUUUGUAGAUGACAGUUUCCACCCUGGACCUAAGUCCGUGGGAUUCCCGGAAGGCGACAGCGUGCAGCAGAGGGGGAAACAGUGGCUGCGACCCCACCAAAUCAACUGUAGCAUCUUCAAGGACCGAUCGGUGAAGUGGUCAGUGUUUCGGACGCCCAGACCCUCGGAUAUCCUGCAGGGACUGCUGGGAAACUGCUGGUAAGGGGGACGGCUGCGGACUGCAGUCCCCUGCGCUGCCCGACUGGUGGAGAGGGUGAUGAUCACCAGGACGCUGUGCCCAGAAGGUGCCUACCAAGUGCGGCUGUGCAAGGACGGCACGUGGACCACGGUGCUGGUGGAUGACAUGCUGCCGUGCGAUGAGUGUGGAUACCUCCUCUUCUCACAG